AUGCCCACCACGCGUGACUACUACGAAAUCCUCGGCGUCACGAAGACUUCGGACGGCGACGAGAUCAAGCGCGCGUACCGGCGCCUCGCGAUGAAGUACCACCCGGACCGCAACCCGGGCGACGCGGAGGCCGAGGGCAAGUUCAAGGAGUGCGCCGAGGCGUACGAGGUCCUCUCCGACGAGCAGAAGAAGGCCAUCUACGACCAGUACGGCCACGAGGGCCUGCGUGGUCGCGGCGCGACGGCCGGGCACGACUUCAACCGCAUGAACGUCGAGGACAUCUUCUCGAUGUUCAACGACAUCUUCGGCGGUGGUGGGGGGAUGGGGGGCCGACCCGGCGGCGCCCGAGGGAGGCAACGCGCGGCCCGCGGGUACGACCUGGAGACCGAGGUCACCAUCACGCUCAACGAGGUCCUCGACGGCUGCGCACGGGACGUGGAGUUCACGCGCCUCGACGUCUGCCAGACGUGCACCGGCUCCGGCGCGAAGCCGGGCUCGACGCCCGAGACGUGCGCCACCUGCGGCGGGCAGGGGGCGGUCGUGCAGUCCGGGCUGGGCGGGAUGUUCCGAAUGCAGUCCGUCUGCCCGCACUGCCAGGGCACGGGGCAGGUCGUCAAGGACAAGUGCGCCGACUGCAAGGGCAAGGGGCGCACGCCGAAGACCCGUUCGCUCGAGGUGAAGAUCCCCGCGGGCAUCCGCGACGGGCAGGCGGUGCGCGUCUCCGGCGAGGGCGAGCCGCCGCCGCCGCAGGUCUCUCCUGAUGGCUCGGGGAUGCGGGGCGAUUUGCACGUGGUCGUCCGCGUCGAGGAGCACGAGAUCUUCCAGCGCGAGGGCGACCACCUGCUCAUGGAGCUGCCGAUUUCUUACACGCAGGCCGUGCUCGGCGCGCACCUGGAGAUCCCCACGCUCGACGAGCCCGCGUCGAUCGUCGUGAACAAGGGCACGCAGCACGGCGAGAUGUUCCGCGUCAAGGGCGCGGGCCUGCCGAACCUGCGCUCGGGCAAGCGGGGCGACCUCGUCGCGAUCGCGAAGCUCGAGGUGCCGAAGAAGCUCAGCGCGAAGCAGGAGAAGCUGCUCCGCGAGCUGGCGGAGGAAGAGGGCGAGACGGGCGGCCUGCUCCCCGAGACGCAGGGAUUCUGGAGCAAGAUCAAGGACGAGCUCCGCGCCCGCCUCAUGGAGCUGAAGGAUCAGCACGAGGCGAUCGAGCGCGAGAUGGACACCAUUCAGGAGCGGAUGGACGGGGUCGACGGCGAGCCGGACGACUCGCUCCCGGACCCGAUGGACGAGCUGCGCGUGCAGGUUGAGGAAUGGAAGAACAAGUACCAGCGCGCCCUCGCGGACUACCAGAACUUCCAGCAGCGCUCGAUCAAGAACGAGGCCGAGGCUCGCCGGCAGGGCGUCGUCUCCGUCGCCGAGUCGCUCAUGACCGUGCUCGACAACUUCGAUCUGGCCCUCGCGGGCGACCCGUCCAAGCUGACCGUGGAGACCGUGCUCAAGGGGAUCGUCGUCACGCGCGACGAGCUGCUCCGCGUCCUCGGCACGCACGGCGUGAAAGUCAUCGACCCGAACCCGGGCGACGAGUUCAGCCCCAUGCACCACGAGGCCGUGAUGCAGCAGGCGAGCGACGAGGUCGCCCCCGGCGCGGUCGUCGCGUCGCUCCAGAAGGGCUACGCCCUGGGCGAGCGCACGAAGAGGCCGACGAUGCCGACGUAUGACUACCGCUGCCGCGCGUGCGAGCACGAGUUCGAAGAGUUCCAGUCGAUGAGCGCGAAGCCGCUCCGCAAGUGCCCGGAGUGCGGCAAGCUGAAGCUGGAGCGCCUCAUCGGCACCGGCGCGGGNNCGGGCUUCUACGAGACCGACUACCGCUCGGACAGCUACAAGAAGGCGGCCGAAACGGAGAAGAAGGGCGCCGAGGGCAAGAGCGAGACGAAGCCUGAGAAGAAGGCGGAGAAGAAGAAAGAGUCGGCGAAGAAGGAGUAG